UGCGCAUUUCAAGUAAUAUUCUACCUGAUACCCAUCAUCUACCACCGUCACCCCAUAUUUGGCGUACGCGGGCAUCGGAUAGACCUGUUUCUCCGGGCUAUAGCCGGCACCUCAGCGGCCAUAUUCAUAUACCAGGCCUAUCGGCUCAUACCUCUAGGCGACGCCACCACGAUCCAAUUCUCGUCGCCCGUAAUCGUCAUAUUCCUGGCCGUAUUCAUACUCCACGAACCGCUAACCUGUCUACAGGUGUUUACGGGCAUUGCCACGUUUGGCGGCAUUAUAAUCAUUGCCAAACCGGAGUUUAUAUUGGGGAGCGACGGGCGUUGCCAUGGCGGCGAGUUUACCACGGUGCUAAUUGUGGACCAAUGGCGUUGGCCGGCCGGUUGGCUCAGUUACGGCCUAUUGGUAGCGAUAGGGGUGUUGGGUAUCGCCGACCAGUACUUUAUGACUAUAGCCUUACAUUAUGAGUCGGCCGGACUCGUGGCCAUCACCCGUACGCUUAACAUAGUGUUGGCCUUCGUAUGGAACGUAUGGUUGUUGGGCGAGGAGAGUGAUUGGACCUCGGUGACCGGUGCCCUGGUUGUGACAGUAUGCAUAGCGGGCCUGAGUGUUAGUAAAUGGCGCCAAGAGAAACCUGAUCAAUUUACCCGAUGCACGCGUAGGGUGUUUUGUUGUUGCUGUUGCUAUGGUAACCAAGUGGACACCUAUGCCGACGAUAGCGAGAGGGAUGUGCUUAUUAUUAGGAAACAUUCGCAACCGUUUUACGAUAGUAUCGACGAUAAGCCCACAGGCAGUCCAGUCAUUACCACCCGAACGCCGCCCCGUAACGAGAGUUUCACGGGUAAAGCUCUACACAAUGAUGACAUCGUGGUUGAGAAAAAUAAAAUUUUGUUUCCCUGAUAACUUAUGGUGAAUUUUUUCAAGUUUUAUUUUGUGCUAGCCAAAUUAAUCAACUUGUAUAAGCAUUUAAUAUAUACCCAUG